CUGAGGCUUUUUUUCUAACAUCUUUGUUACAUAUUCUGGUACCGCAACCAAUGCUGGAACAUCUUUAGUUAUCUGCUACCAUUACUGAUACAUAUUUAGGUCCUUGUGGUAUCAUUGCUGGUGCUUCUUCAGGUUUCUGCUACCAUAACUGGUACAUAUGUAGGUCUCUGGUGCCAUUAUAAUACAUUUCCAUGAUUUUAUAUCAUUACUGGUACCUUUCAUUCCCAAGCUCCCUCAAAAGAUGCAAGCGCAUCAAGGGGAGCGUGCUACCCCUGGGGUUAUCUGGCACUCUCGCUCUUUUCAAAUUGAUUACUAGUAAAAAUCAAAGAACAAAAAACUUCGCAAAAGAUAUGCGCAAUACCGUACUACUUACGGAGCUAUGAAAUUUAUAGUGUUGCUUCUUACAGUUUUUGGUACUGUUUUUAUUCAAUACAUGUUCGAAUAAAAAACAUUUAUUGUGACAUCCUAGUUUUCCCACACACUGGUUCUAUAGCAUUUCGUUUACGACAUUGCUCCCCACUAUAGACUGCUCCCCACUAUAGACAAUCAACGGAUUCUUACUUCAAUCAAUUCGACUUUAGAGUCAAAUCUCAUUUCAAAUGCCUAGUGUUCUAGACUUUAAUUAGGUCUUGAAUUCCUUUCCCUGCUUUAUGAUUUUACUUUCUGCUGCGAGCUCACACAACAUUCACCUCUCCAUGAGCAAUUUAAGAUGAUGUCAUUCUCAAUCUACUUACUUUAUAUAUAGCAAGCAUAUCGCUGAAUGUUGUGGAAAAGUGCACAAGUAUUUUUUUUCCAGCAAGGCUAAAUGUCAGGUUUUGAAUGCGAUUGCUUUUGUUUCGCUGCUUGUACUUUAAUAUAUUGGUUAUUUGUUACCAAUAGGUCAUUGUUAAUCUAUAAUUAUUGCUUGAAUUUACUACCGCAUGUCGUUACGCACCUACGUAGGAAGCUUUUACUUAUUGAGAUGAAAGAGAAUAAUUUCUCUACCAUUAAACGGUAUUGAGGAAUAAACAUUUAGAUUUGUUCGGAAUACCGCUAGAUGCUAAUUCAAAUCGUGCUCAUAUUUCACGCCUCAGUAUUCACCUAAUAUACAAUUUGCUUGUUUGCAGACCUCACCGUAAUGGUACAGAGUGUUAUUAUAAGACCUGUCUUUAGUAGUGCCAUUUUCAAACACGUCUCCUUCUUCACGAAACUUUGUUGCAAUCAUCACCUCAGUUCUGAUGUGAGCAAGCGUAGUCACUCAACUUGUAAUCUCACACAUAAAUGUUACAAUUAUAAAACAAAUGUUACGCGCUCUGACGUGCGGUUGCAUCGUCGGUUGCUGUGUCAAACCAUCGACUCGCACCCAAACUUUUAUUUUCCUCCGACGGCGACGCGACAAACUCGCGAGGAAAUCCUGGCGAACUUUUCUGUGGAUCUUGAUUUUGUGACACCGGAAGAAGAGAACGAGUUACUUAAAGAAACUGAUCGACAUUUGCAGCGGCUGCGGUACCAGUUCGACCACUGGGAUGAUGCCAUAGAAGGCUACCGUGAGACGGAGGUCUCUCGGUGGUCACGCGGCAGCAGCGCGGCGCUGGAGCGACUCAGGGCGCGCGCUUUCGGGAGGGAGGCACGGGGCGUGCUGGUGCACACACACGUCCUCGACCUCGCACCUCAGGGAUACAUCAAGCCACACGUUGACAGCGUCAGGUUCUGCGGGUCGACAAUAGCUGGCUUGUCUCUACACAGCGACGCUGUCAUGAGGCUCACCAAGCAGGAGCUCCCGCACCAGACGGUUGAUGUCUUCUUGCCCGCUCGCUCCUUAUACAUUAUGAAGGACGCCGCGCGUUAUCUGUACGCGCACGAGGUGCUCAAGGAAGCCACGUUUCGAGGGCGAGUCGUAGAGAAGCGCAGGAGGGUCUCCGUUAUCUCCAGGAAUACGCCGGGACCAAAGGAUGCGUGACAACCUAGGGCCCAUAUGCGCAACAUCCUUAGUCCUUAGGUGGCAUAACACCCCUGGUCUCCUCAAGGCGUAACACCCUAGAUAGCCAAAACGCGAAACAUCAUGGAUCUGUAGGUGGCUUAGUAGUGCAGGCUCUUAGGUGACUGAACACCCUUAGUCACCAGGAGGUGUAGCCUUCUGGUCACUGCGAGGCAUAACAUCAUUGGUCUUCAAGAGGUGUAACCCUCUGGUCUCCUGAAGGCGUAACACCCUUGCAUGGUCUUCAAGAGGUGUAAUCCACUGGUCAUCUGAAGGCGUAACACUCUUGGUCUUCAAGAGGUGUAACCCUCUGGUCACCUGGAGGCGUAACACCCUUGGUCUUCAAGAGGUGUAACCCUCUGGUCACCUGGAGGCGUAACACCCUUGGUCUUCAAGAACCCCUCUGUAACCCUCUGGUCACCUGAAGGCGUAACACUCUUGGUCUUCAAGAGGUGUAACUCUCUGCUCCCCUGGAGGCGUAACACCCUUGGUCUUCAAGAGGUACAACUCUCUGGUCACCUGGAGGCGUAACACCCUUGGUCUUCAUGAGGUGUAACUCUUUUCUCACCUCAGCUGGAGGCGUAUUAGAUGUUGCUUGACGCCAUGUUAAUUUCUUAAUUGAAACGCAAAAAGUUAUAGUAAGAAUAAUAUUUUAUUUGAAAUAGAAAGAAAUGAACUGAGAGAGAAUAAGAUAAGAGUUUAUAAAUCAUUACUUGGUGUAAUGUAUCUUGGUAAUCUUGGUACAUGGUUGCCUACCAAUGAUGUCAGAAAAAGAGAAAGUUUAAGUAUAUUAAAUGUAAGAGGAAGAGAAAGUUUUAGUAUAUUACUUCAAUUGAUGACUUCUAUUGUACAUAUGCAUACAUCCAAUAUGUUGCAAAGUAGCAUAAGUACAUAAUAUAGAUAUUGGUAAAUUUUUAUUGAUUACUCUAGAG